AUGUCUGCUACACGGCGCGACAUACAAAUUGAGAGUCAUGGCAAUCUGUUGGGCGGCUGGCUGUACACACCUUCUACUUUGAAGCAGAAAGAUGGCAAGUACCCUGCCAUCGUCCUUGCGCAUGGUUUGGGUGCUGUCAAAGAGAUGGCGCUCGAUAGGUACAGCGAGCGGUUCAGCGCCGCUGGCUUUUUGUGCGUUGUGUUUGACUACCGGUUUUUCGGCAGCAGCACGGGCCGCCCGCGCGGGCUGAUCGAUCCGUCGUUGCAGCUGGAAGACUGGUCCGCCGCGCUGGACUACACGAAAUCGCUCCCUGACGUCGAUACGCGCCGCAUCGGUAUAUUUGGGUCGAGUUUCAGUGGUGGCCAUGUGAUCCGUGUCGCUGCUGCGCAUCCUGAUACGGUGAGUGCCGUGGUUAGCCAAUGCCCCUUUACGGAUGGACUGGCAUCGGCGAGGCAAGUUCCGUUGCGCACGUUGCCGAGCACGGCGCUCCUUGCGCUCCGCGAUCAAUUCUUCAGUACGAACGACGAGCCCGUACGCAUCAAACUGGUGGGCGAACCCGGCGAAGUUGCGCUGAUGAGCACCGAGGAAUCGAUGAAGUACAAGGGGCUCGUCCCCCCCGGAAUGAAGCUGGAGAUUGAAGCCGUGCCUGCGCGCAUUGUAUUAAAGAUGCCGCUGCUAUAUCCUGGAAGCUACACGAGCCAGGUGCAAUGCCCCAUCAUGUUUGGUAUCUGUGGUAAGGAUAGUGUUGCACCGCCGAAGCCAACUGAGUACUAUGCAAAGAAGGCGCCGAAAGGCACGAUCAAGUACUACCCCGAAAUGGGCCACUUUGACAUCUACUUGGGCGAGAAUUUCGAAAAGGCUGUGGGAGAUUACGUGGCAUUUUUGGAUGCCGUCCUGUGA